GUUUGGAUGCCACCUGAAAGCGCUGCGGCCUAGUCCUGCUACGGUAUAGAGAGAAGCCUGGCACUGCUGCCGGAGGGGUCCUGGCCGGGUGCGGGUUGGCCACUAUGAGCCGGCUGGGCCCUUUUCUGGUUGCGCCGCGGCUGCUCCGUCGGCCGUGGGCCCUGCCGAGGCGGCCUAGCGGCGUUUCCAUAGUAACGGGACCCUGCGCGGGCCUAGCAGGGCCUGGCGCCGCCGCCUCCCUGUGCUCGGGCCCAGCGGCUCCGAGCCUGGCCAUGGAGGAGCUGCUGAGCCGCUCCGUGCCCCCGCUGCCCCCCUACGAGACGAGGGAGAAGGCGCCGCCGCCGGCCGAGCUCCGCAGCGCGGAGUUCAUGCGCUCCUACAGGGCCCUGGAGGCCGGGCCCCCGCGGGCGGAGCUGCUGACCCGCCUGGCCCAGGACUUCGGCGUGGACCACGGACGGGUGGCCGAGUUCAGCGCCAAGGUGCUGCAGGCCCGGGAGCUGCAGAGGGAGCUGGGCGCCCUGCUCCAGGCCGAGGACCGGCUCCGUUACUACCUCUGCCCCCGCUACCGGGGCCUCUUCCAGCACUUGGGCCGGCUGGAGGGCGGGCUCCGCUUCCUGAUGGAGCUCAGGGGUGACCUGGUGCAGGCGCUGGCGGCGCGGCAUGCAGAGGGGCCGCACGUCAGGGAAAUGAAUGGCGUGCUAAGGAGCAUGCUUUCGGAAUGGUUUUCUACCGGAUUCCUAAGCCUGGAGCGAGUCACCUGGCAGUCACCUUGUGAAGUGCUUCAAAAGAUUAGUGACUCUGAAGCAGUGCAUCCUGUCAGAAACUGGAUUGAUAUGAAGCGUCGAGUUGGAUCAUAUAGAAGGUGCUACUUUUUUGCCCACUGUGCAAUCCCUGGGGAACCAUUGAUAGUCUUGCAUGUAGCACUAACCAAGGAAAUCUCCAGCAGCAUCCAGGCCAUAGUGAAAGAGGUUCCCCCUCUAGAAAAGGAAGAUAUGAACAAAAUUACUACUGCCAUUUUCUAUUCAAUCAGUUUGACUCAGCAGGGACUUCAGGGUGUAGAACUGGGGACUCACCUCAUCAAACGAGUUGUUAAAGAACUACAGGGGGAAUUUCCUCAGAUCAAAGUGUUUUCUAGUCUGUCACCUAUCCCAGGAUUCACCAAGUGGCUCAUUGGACUUCUGACCUCACAAACAAAGGAACAAGGGAGAAAUGAACUAUUUACAGAUGCAGAAUGCCAAGAAAUCUCUGAGAUCACAGGGGACCCUGCUGCUGAAAAGCUAAAGAGGCUCUUAACUAACAAUGAAUGGGUGAGAUCAGAAAGAUUGGUCGAAGCAUUGCAUUCACCAUUUAUGAGGCUCUGUGCUUGGUACCUGUAUGGAGAGAAACACCGUGGAUAUGCCCUUAAUCCAGUAGCAAACUUUCAUCUUCAGAAUGGUGCUGUACUGUGGCGGAUAAAUUGGAUGGCAGACACAAGCCCCCGUGGGAUCACUGCUUCAUGUGGCAUGAUGGUAAACUAUCGGUAUUUCUUAGAGGACACAGCCAGUAACAGUGCAGGAUACCUUGGGACAAAGCACAUCAAAGCCUCAGAGCAGAUUCUUUCCUUGGUGUCUCAAUUUCAGCAAAAUAGCAAACUUUAAAUAUACAAGAAGAUUUUAAGAGUGAGCAUUUCUCAUUUGAAUGAAGGGGUAUGAUAUCUUGGGAUGUCCUUAUUGAAAAGUGAAUGUUUGUAAUAAAACAAUGAGCUCUGUUCUUAGUCACAGCAGGAUGCAAAAUUACAUUAUCUGCCAAAAUUACUAUAACUUUCUUUCUUGCACUGCCAGAUACUCAAAGUCUGAUACAGUAUGGUUGAAUUAUUGCGAUACUUUAUAUUCAAAUGAGCUGGAAUUGUGUAUUAAAGGCUGUGUAAACUCA